AUGCAUUUCUCUUCGCGUCCAUGCUGGAUACACAGACACAAACACGCUCAUAUUCAAUUUGAGACUGACUUGGCUCAUUCUUUGCUCUUGGCACUGGUUUGGGCCAUGCCGGACCUGAAGAAGUACCUCACAGAGGGCCUGAUCCAAGUAGCUAUUCUUCUCAGUCUGGCUGGGAUGCGUGUGGACGUGGAUCCCUACCUGCCCCCUUUUAGCGAAAUCAUUCUGGGCCCAAAUUCAGCUCUAACUCGGACUCAAUUCCACAGUCUUCGAAACAUCCUGGAUGGAUAUAACCUGCACCCAAAAAGUGCAGAUCUGAAUGGGUUCUUCACAGCUCACAGGCUUCUAAAUUGGAUUCGCUCCCUAGACCGCCUGCAGGUGCCAGCGGCGGAGUUGGAAGCCUGGUUGGUCCACAGGGAGCCUGACAAUGGAGUCUCCAUUCCAGCUCAAGUGGGUCUCCUUGUGGAAGGUGGAGGACUUGAAGAUGUGGAGGAACCAUCAGAGCUAAGCAUGAGGUUGGGAAGUGGAGGAGAACUGGGUUAUGACAUAGCUGAGGAUCAAACCCUUGGAGCUUUGGGGCACAUGCCAAGAAGCCUCGACCAUCCAGACGAUGAUGAACCCAUUAAAGAGGAGGGAGAUGGUAUGUCUUUCUUCUGGGCGCAGGAACCUCAGCAAAAUGUCCACCAGGAGCAGCUGGAAAAUGCAAGAACCCAGCCUCUCAGCUUGUUUAUUGAGGAAGAAGAGGAGGAAGAUGAAUUUAUGGUGGAUAGCUGGAGAAAUUCAAAUCCAUUUCACAACCAAAUGUUUGGAGAGGAUCUACAGUUGUCAGGUGCAAGGGACAACGCUUCUCUUUCCAUUGACGAGUGCUUACAGCUCAUCGAUGCCAACUUCCCCUCAGAAGGAGAUCCAGAGUUGACAGGUCCUGAUGUACAGAAUGUAGGAGAACAUGCACUUUCCGAGUUUCAGAGGCCACUCAUGUCACCCUUGUUGCCUGAACAGGAAUCAACAACUUUAGAGCAACAAUGGCUAGAUGUUUUGGCCAUCAUGGAAUCACAAGACAUGGAUACAGCCGAAACAAUAAACGAUUCUACUUUCAGUAACAGUGAUUCAGACAGAAAUACUGGAUCAAUGGAAAACUUUAUUCAUCAGGAUGUUAGCCUUCACCAAGCCACUCUGCCAAGAUCCACUGAAGCACAAAACAGUGUCACCAUGGAAGAAACCUGUUGCAUAAACAACAACUCCAUGCCAAACAUUAAUUUGGACACUUCUAAUGCAGAAGCUUUUGAAGACUCUGAUAUCAUAGACCUCCUUCUGACUACUGGGACUAGCCUGCCAAGCCCUAUAGAUCCUCUUCUUGAGGAAGCCAUGCUUGAUGAGAUGGAACUAAUGGAUUUGGCUCUGGAAGAACUUAGCCAGGUACAGUCUGAAGAGCAAAACCCAGCAGAUUCUGACUCUGGUUUAUCCCUGGACUACAGUCAAAGCCCUGCCUCUCCUAGUGGAUCUGAAUCUUCCAGUUCCUCCUCAUCUUCUUCAUGCUCUUCAUCACUGUCCAACCCAACCCCUAGUUUGAUGCACGAAGAAGUCGCUGUGGGCUACACCCAUAUCAAGGCAGAGGAUGGCGCUGUGGGCGGGUACAUGCCAGAACAAACCAAAAUGUGUCAAUCAAGCUUUUUGGAAGCCAGACAGUUCCAUCGCCUUCCUUGGCUCGAGCACAUCGGACACGAUCAUACCUACAACCAACCUCAAAGCCAGAGGAAACCUCCAAAAGAUCUUUCCGACGAGUCGCCAAAAAACAAAGUGCUGGAUCAUCUUUCCAGCCGAGAUGAGAAACUUGCACGUUUGAUAAAUAUCCCGUUCUCCAAUGACCGCAUCGUAAACUUACCCGUCGAUGAGUUCAAUCGCUUGCUAGCCAAAUAUCAUCUCAAUGAGGCUCAGCUUACGCUUCUCAGAGACAUUCGCCGCAGGGGUAAAAACAAAAUGGCUGCUCAGAACUGUCGUCAGAGGAAGCUAGAUGUCCUGCUGGGAUUGGAGUGCAGUGUGGAUAGCCUGCGACGCCUCCGGGCCAAACUGCUCAGGGAAAAGUCUGAGAUCUUGCGUUCCAUCAGGGAGAUGAAGCAGCAUCUUAAUAGCUUGUACCAAGAGGUUCACGAGAGACUAAGAGAGGAACAGGGACUGCUGUACUCUGACAACUUUACGUUGCAGCAAGACAGCACCAGCCCUGUAACAUCACAGCGCAGAUCAGAUUCACACUCCAGACGCAAACUUAGCAAGAAACAAAAACACAAGAAGUGAGAUGGAGGACUCAUGCUAUGACUAGGCUCAGGAAAAAUGCUCUCUGUUGUGAAGUCCACCUGCUGGUUUUCCACAGUUCAAUGGGAAUUUGCACCAAGUAGGUUAUUAUUACCCAAGUGAUCAUCCUUGAUGAUGUAUUGUACUACAUUAUCAUAACAUUACAUAAUGUAUUGUACAUAAUGUAUUGUAGGCACAUAGUAACACAAAGUUUUGAUGUUAAAGGGCCACAUCAAGAGUUUCCAUGAUCUUUUAUUUUAAAGGCCUUUAUAUAUUCUAAAAACCUACUGUAAUGGAUAGCAAAACUGCAGUGUGUGCGCAAGACAAUGCUCAACGCUGUUGUCCAUUUCACAUGUACAGAGAAGGUGAAAAAUUCUCAUUCAAGGAGCCGUUUCACUCAGAUAUACAUCAUAAUAGGAAAGAACAGUUGAUUACAACUUCUGUUUCACAUCCAGUUUAUAAACCAAACUGGGCUACAAGAACAUAAGGAGUGUCUGAAAUUGUUCCCAAAGUCAGAAAACCAAAAUAAUCCCAUGUUAGAGCAGAAAAUGGUCAAUUAUGCUUGGAAUCCAAGCACUGAAACAAAGUUUUAAUGCAUUUGAACUACUACUAAAGGCCAAAGUUUACCGCUUACAGUAGCUGUUUCCAUCCACCUAUUUUUAUGCGCAUUUUGGAGUAUCACAUAAAAAACGCUAGAUGGAAAUGCCAAGAUGCGCAUAAAUUCUAAAAAUGCGCAUAAAAAACGUAUGCGCACAACUGAGAAGGCCAAACUUUUUAUCCGAUAAGAAAAAAUGUGCAUAAACUACAAUGGAAACACAUUUACCGAAUAAA